AUGUCCAAGCUUCCCCCACAACAUCUGUGGUCUCGUGCCACGGCCAGCUCGAGCGGUAGGACGUUGAGAGCAGCGAGCUUUGGCGCUCAUCAUGCCUCCUCUCGCCAUGCCGGCUUCGCCAUGAGUGGACUUCAGCCUACGCCUCAAUCAUCUCACACAGCUUCAAGUGCUCCCGUCGUUGCUGCUGGAGCUCCCACCCCUUCUUCCCUGUCCCUUCCAUCCGCGACCUCCACCAAUUCGCAUAUCGCCACGGGCAGCGAGGUGCCUGGGGCAGUGAGCGCGCCGUUCUUUGGUCCCCAGCCACGAGCUGUCAUUGAAGCGGAUGUCACACCAACCAGUAGCGCUUCGCAGAGCUCCAGCUUGCUCUCAGCCUCUACAACUAACUCUCAAGGUCUGGCCAGAAGCAACCUAUCACUGCAAUCGCAAGCAUUGAUCCCCUACGCUGCUCUGGUCAACCAUGCGCAUGCUGUCAGUGCUAGUCGGCGCUCUACUCUUUUAGCUCCGCAACCCAUGCGCCGCUACUUCAGCGUGUCAAGCCAAGCAGCUGCACCAGGUGGUAUCGCCUCAACCAGUGCGCCCGCUUUACCGCCAAGCAGCAUGCACGGCAAAGCUCACGGAACCAAACACGCACACCCAAAACGCCUCAGAGCUAAAGCUCAGACAGACGGUGCAGAUGUCUUGCGCGUGGCGGGAAGUCCGCUUUCGCGUUCUAGAGAUGACAAUUCGCCUGGCAAAACUUCAGAAGCGUCCGCAGUCAAUCGAUAUUUCGUCGACUUGUUGAAGGGCAGCGCUGCAGCUGUGAAUGCAGGUCAAAACACGUCUUCGAUUGCAUCUGACUUGGAUGCCGAUUUGUCUGAUGGUGGUUCUGGGCAACUCGACUUCUUCGCCCAGCUGCCGCCCAAUCUGACUGGCGCCGCCACUUCGUCAUUCCACAGUGCUGCCGGUGGAGCACCUCAAGGCAGCUCGCCAAGCUUCACGCCACCUCCUUCUCCUGGUCCAGCUCAAUCACCGCCGGCGCGCGACGGCAAUGUGCCUUCGGGCAAGUCGAUGCAGCCUGCUCGCGCGACUGGCAGCAGUACGGAUGGAGAUGCGCCAAGCGCUCUCUCUAGCAGUCCGCCGAGCGCGCCUGCGAGCUCGAGCAGUGCUUCAGCAGGUCACCACGAGCUUCAAUCUGAAUGGGAACGGGCUUUCCAAGCGCCUCGGUCUCAGCGGCACGACUAUACUUUGGAGCACGGAGCGUACGGAAUUCCAAAGCGUCACCCGCUUAGCGCCAUCACCUCGUCGUCUGCCAGUCGCAAAGGCAAAGGCAGAGAGCAAGCACCUCGUAGCCAGCUUGCUCAAAUGGGGGACUUCCUCACUGGCUCUAGCGUGCCCUCCGAACCUGGUCUCGGGCCUGUGGAUGCCAUUGAGGCCAGACGCGCGGCUCUCAGCGGCGGAAGCACCGCUCAGGGAGACGAAGCGUUUUGGAGUCGGGCGGAGAACGGCACUGGGAAUCGAAGGUGCAUCAGGGACGCUGACGGGCGUGUGAUUCGCGACCGCCUACGCAGUGUGCAGGUUGGUGAGGAUGCGUACUUUCUACGACCAGUGAGUUCGAAUAUAAGACCCUAAAAGAGUUGGUGCGCCACCGUCAAUGUACUCACAUUUCCGUCUUUUGCUUUAUCUUUUUUAGGACUCUCUCGGAAUUGCAGACGGCGUUGGUGGGUGGGGUACGAGAGCAGGUGCGGACCCCGCGCUGUUCUCGCGCUUUUUGAUGCACUUUUGUGCUGUCGAACUGUCCCGAUACGAUCACCUGUCGGCGGCUGAAUUGACCGCGAACAACGGGGAGGCGCUAGCUUCUUGGUCAGCGAUCGACCCUGUCGAGAUCAUGCAUCGAGCUUGGCGUCGCUGCAUUCGAGCAUCGCGAAGGGAAGGCAUCAAGGGAAGCUCCACUGCGCUCAUUGCUAUCUUGCGAGAGGAUGAGCUGCGCAUUGCAAAUGUGGGCGACUGCGUGGCGCUGGUCAUCAGACCUUCACAACGCACCAUGGUGUUCCGAUCGGAAGAGCAGCAACACUCUUUCAACUACCCAUUGCAGCUCGGCAUGAUGAGCAGUGGAUCUGGAUCCUCCCUGAGCGAGCCGGAGUUGGAGAUUGACGAUUACGAUUAUCCGGAAGAGCUGUCUGCCAAAGGCGAAGGCAAGCAGUCUGCGCGCGGAGAGAAGGGUAGUAGAGCGGCUGACGGUAGUCUCGAGUGGGACGAGCCACGUCGCGAUGCUGGCAGAUACAGCGUGAGUGUCGCGUCGAAUUCCCUCAAUGUAAAGUCGAGACGACUCACGAUUGGCCGACUUGCGCUUCAUUUUCUAUAGCUUCGUGUGCAACCGGGCGACUUGCUCAUCGUGGGUAGCGAUGGCUGCUUUGAUAACCUUUUCGACGAGGAUGUCUUGGAAGAAGUCCUGCGUUUCAUUCCUGUCUCUCAAGUGGGCGAAGGAUCAGGCAGCGGCGUUGAAGGCGAGCAGAACACGAGUGCGGCAGUGAACCCUCUGCCAGCGGACUUUUCGCCGCAAGCUGUUAGCGAGGCGCUUUGCUUGAGAGCAAAGCAGAUUGCUGAAGGUGAGUCACGCGCGUGUCGCGCCAAAGUAUCUCUAAUGUAUCUCGCCUGACUACUUUCUCCUACUGCUGCCUCGUCAGACCCUCGAGCAGUCACUUCACCCUUCCAAUGCGCGGCGACAGAUGAAGGUCUUCAUUACGUCGGCGGAAAGCUCGGUGAGUCUUCGUUUCUAGCCGCAUCCGGCAUCGUCGCGGGGCUCUGGACGCCAUUCUCUUCCAUGUUGACGCUGAAUCUUUCUUCCGCUCGUUACAGACGACGUCUCUGUGCUUGUUGCUGUCGUCAAGGGUCCAGCUGCUGGAGGUGAUAAUCACACGCUUGACAUUGGCGAAUCUUCGGUCACGGCGACUCGGGCUGCUGCCACUGCGCCAGAAGCUUCAACAACUGCCUCCAUCUCGUGA